AUGAUCACAUGUAGUCGCCGGACAACAACGGAGAUACAUCAUUUUUCUCAAUGCGUUAUGCUCUUCAACCAGAAGCUUUCGCAACAUAUCUGCCCCUCAGACCGCGACCCUCUUUGGGCCACAGCGGCGCUGUUGGGUAUCAUGACUAUUGCUUCCUUUGAUGCAGUCACCACAGAAGAAGCCUGGCCGCUUCGACCAUCGAAUCCGCUUGAUCUCGAAUGGUUCCGGCUGGGCGAUGGGAAGAAAAUCAUAUGGCGUCUUACGGAUCCCUUGCGGCCUGGGGGCAUCUUCCGGGCCAUGGCCCAUGAGUAUGCUCAGUUACCCUUUGAAAUACCUCUUGCUGGCACAAAGGGUGUUCCAUCCGAACUAGCAGAGGUAUGUAAUAUGGAUUCUUCAUGCAAUGAGAACAACAACCCGUACUUUGUAGCCGUUCAUGUACUAGUACAGUUACAAAAACUUCCAACCGAUCAAACUGCGAGCAUUCGAAUGGUCAGUUUUAUGAGUCAAUCACAACAGCCAUUUAGGGAUUUGUUACAGGAGAAGGAUCCGGUAGCUCUGUUAUUGCUGGCGCUUUGGUAUGCGCAGGCUAGCAGGGUCCUGUGGUGGAUUGCGCAAAGGGCCCGAAUAGAGAGCCGGUCCAUACGUUUGUAUCUUGAGAAAUUUCACCGCCACAAUAUCAAGGUCCAUCGAUUGCUGCCUCCACCGCUGUUGGGUACUGAGUAG